AUGCAUAAUGUCACUAAGAGCCAAAGAACAGUACAGGAAACGAAAGGAUGGGACGUGUUCAGAGAAUUUCCACCGAAGCAGGACAGUAUAUCUAUGGAAACACAGCAAUGGCUGGAGUUCACAGUGCGACUGCUCAAAGUGCUGGCGUACGCCGUUACAUUCAUUGUAGUACUAGGCUCUGGUGUUAUCGCCAAAGGCACAGUACUUUUCAUGACUUCCCAGUUAAAAAAAGAAAGGCGAAUAGCUUAUUGUAAUAGAAAUUUAGGUAGAGAUAAGCAGUUUAUAGUAAGUCUGCCAGAUGAAGAACGUGUUGCGUGGAUGUGGGCAGUUUUCGCUGCGUUUGCCAUACCUGAAAUUGGAACAUUUAUACGUUCUGUUAGAAUUUGUUUCUUCAAGUCAUCUAAGCGACCUACGCCUGUCCAGUUUGUUGUGGUGUUUCUCGCGGAAUCAUUACAAACAAUAGGAUUGGGCGUAUUAUUCUUUAUAAUUCUGCCGGAAUUAGACGUCGUUAAAGGAGCUAUGCUUACGAAUUGCCUUUGUGUAAUACCGGCGAUCCUAGGCUUGCUCUCACGAAACUCCAGGGACUCGAAGCGAUUUAUGAAAGUGAUAGUUGAUAUGGCAGCAAUUGUAGCACAAGUGACUGGGUUUAUCGUAUGGCCGAUUUCAGAGAAUAAGCCAGUGCUAUGGCUAAUACCGAUUUCUUCUUUAUGUAUAUCGCUGGGAUGGUGGGAGAACUACGUAACAAGGCAAAGUCCUAUAGGCAUAAUUAAAAGUUUGGCCAGAUUGAAAGAAGAAUUAAAUGCCUCUCGUUACUACACGUACCGGUUCAUGUCUAUAUGGAAGAUAUUAUUGUUUCUCGUCUGUAUCCUCUUCUGCAUAUGGAUGGACGGAGAUGAACCCGCUAUGUUUUUCCAAUUAUUUAACGCAGGAUUCGGACCACAUAAUAUUGUCGUUGAAGAGAUACAAAUCCAACUAGGCGGAACUGUAAUACCCGAUUUGAUAUUCGCCGCAUAUUUCUGCUACAUAUUUGGAAAGUUUGCUUGCAAAAUCCUUAUUCAAGGAUUCAGUUACGCGUUUCCUAUAAAUCUAGUCAUACCACUUGUGGUGAAUUUCUUGAUUGCUGCUUGUGGAUUGAGAAACUGCGAUAAUUGCUUUUUCCAUGGUACUGUGCCAGACUAUCUGUUCUUUGAGUCUCCACCAGUGUUCUCAUUAAGUGAUUUUAUAUCGAGACAAAUGGCAUGGGUAUGGCUACUGUGGUUACUAUCUCAAACAUGGAUCACGAUACAUAUUUGGACGCCAAAGGCUGAACGUUUAGCGUCUACUGAAAAACUUUUUGUUCUUCCUAUGUACAACGGCCUUCUGAUUGACCAAAGUAUGGCACUUAAUCGAAAGAGGGACGAUCAUAAGGAUGUCAAAACUGAGGACCUCGCAGAAAUAGAAAAGGAAAAAGGUGAUGAAUACUAUGAAACUAUAUCAGUUCAUACUGACAAUACUGGAUCUUCUCCUAGGAAUAUAAAGUCAUCUGAUCAAAUAACUAGGAUUUAUGCUUGCGCUACUAUGUGGCAUAAAACGAAAGACGAAAUGAUAGAAUUCUUAAAGUCUAUUCUUCGAUUAGACGAGGACCAGUGCGCUAGACGAGUUGCUCAAAAAUAUUUACGGGUCGUUGAUCCGGAUUACUAUGAAUUCGAAACUCAUAUUUUCUUGGACGACGCCUUCGAAAUAUCUGAUCAUAGUGAUGACGAUUCACAAGUAAAUCGAUUCGUCAAACUUUUAGUCGAUACUAUCGACGAAGCUGCUUCAAAUGUUCAUCAAACAAAUAUUCGUAUUCGUCCACCUAAGAAAUACCCUGCACCUUAUGGAGGACGAUUGACAUGGGUACUUCCGGGUAUUUGCCACCUUAAAGACAAAGCUAAGAUUCGUCACCGAAAACGAUGGUCUCAGGUGAUGUACAUGUACUAUCUCUUGGGGCAUCGUCUUAUUGAACUUCCGAUAUCCGUAGACCGAAAGGAAGUAAUGGCCGAAAACACAUUUUUGCUUACACUUGAUGGAGAUAUUGAUUUCCAGCCACACGUAGUACGUUUACUGAUCGACUUGAUGAAAAAGAACAAAAAUCUAGGAGCUGCAUGUGGUCGCAUUCAUCCCAUUGGAUCUGGUCCUAUGGUGUGGUACCAAUUGUUUGAAUACGCUAUUGGUCAUUGGCUGCAAAAGGCAACGGAACACAUGAUUGGUUGUGUACUCUGUAGUCCGGGAUGUUUCUCACUCUUCCGUGGAAAGGCUCUGAUGGACGAUAACGUUAUGAAAAAAUACACUUUGCGAUCAGAUGAAGCUCGGCACUACGUACAAUACGAUCAAGGCGAAGAUCGAUGGUUAUGCACACUCCUUUUACAACGGGGCUACCGCGUGGAAUAUUCAGCUGCUUCAGACGCGUAUACUCACUGUCCUGAAGGAUUCAGCGAGUUUUAUAACCAGCGCCGUCGUUGGGUGCCGUCGACUAUUGCCAAUAAAAAAGUGGGAAUUGAUCCACUGUACUCCGCAUUUGGGAUAUACUGGAUCUACUUGUGA